AACAGGCUGUGAUUUGGAUUCACCAGGAGACCUCUCUGGAUUUUCUCAUAGGAACAACAGAAGCAAGAGGGGGGUCUGGACGAAGUGCUCUGCUCUGCUGCAGUGUAUGGGCUGCAGGCAGGGCAUUUACCUUUGUACAGACCAUUGACAUGCUCCUAAGGCCUUUGUUGCUGCAAAAAUGUAAGAUUUUUCUUCUCCGAGGAUAAAGCGAUGGCUGAGAUGAGUAAUAGUAACUUCAGCAAAACAACCACUAUUCAGCAGGCAGUGUCCUCUUGCUGCGGAGCUAUAAUUACAUCACUGUUUGUAACUCCUCUUGAUGUUGUCAAAACUCGACUGCAAGCCCAAAGCAAUCCGUUCCCCAAAGGAAGAUGCUUUGUAUACUCCAAUGGCCAGAUGGAUCAUACGUGUGUUUGUGAGAAUGGAGAUGGCAAGGCAUGCUAUAAGAGAAAAGGGCAUUUCAAAGGGACUUUGGAUGCUUUUGUGAAAAUUAUUCAAAUAGAGGGAAUUAAAUCCCUCUGGAGUGGACUUUCCCCAACGCUAAUAAUGGCCCUUCCUACCACAAUAAUCUAUUUUACCUGCUAUGAAAAACUGAGUGAAGCUCUGAGAUCUAGACUAGGAGAGGAUAAUGACCACAUUCCACUUGUUGCAGGUUCCUUAAGCAGAUUUGGUUCAGUGACUGUAGUAAGUCCCUUGGAGCUGAUCAGAACUAGAAUGCAGUAUCACACCUUGUCCUACAAGCAACUGCACUUGAGCAUCAGGAGUAAAUUGGCCAGAGAAGGGUGGCUUUCCCUGUGGAAAGGCUGGAGCACUACUGUUCUGAGAGAUGUGCCUUUCUCAGCAGUGUACUGGUAUAAUUAUGAACGUUUCAAGAAGAUGAUGUGCAAGAGUGCAGGUGUACAUGAACCAACCUUUUUGAUUGCUUUUACUGCAGGAGCAGCAUCGGGCUGUAUUGCAGCUGUCGUGACUCUGCCAUUUGACGUAGUGAAAACACAGAGGCAGACUGAAAUUUGGGAGAGUGAGAAUUUACAAAAUCCACAGAGGGACAGUGCGUCUACCUGGGCAGUUAUGAGGAAAAUUGUUGCUCAAAAAGGGAUUGCUGGAUUAUUUGCUGGUAUUACUCCACGGCUGUUUAAAGUUGCUCCUUCUUGUGCCAUAAUGAUCAGCACAUAUGAAUAUGGGAAGGCUUUCUUCAGACAUUUAAAUGAAAAGACAAACCAGCAUCCUUAAGACUCCUUCAUCCAAUUGCAUGAAGUCAAAACACAUGGAGAAACUUCAUUUUUUCACUAUUUCACAAAGGAUAAAUUGGCUAUUUUUUCCCCCUUAAGAAAAAUACACGGCCUUGAAAUGGUUACUGAAAAUUUUGAGAGUUCUCUCUUGCUGCUACAAAGGGGAAGAAAAAAAAAAAAAAAAAAAAAAAGGCACUUGGACUGUUCCUCAGUGAUGAUUAAAAAGGAAAAAAAUAAGCCUGGCCAAAAUGAUGAAGAAUAACAAUUGCCACUCUUAAUCUUCAGUCUGACUAAAUAUUUUGUUGGAUGUUUAAAGUAAUGUUUUGACAAUACUGUAGGUAGCCCAAGGAAGAGACAUCUCUGUAAGGAGGCUGAUAGAGAGUAAAUUCAAUAAGGAUUUGCUUAAGCUUGCUUAAUACCUUUUCAAUUGCAUGAAUGUUUAUUUGCAGCUCCAUAAUUUGUGCAAAUGGAUACUUUUGAUUUUCAGGUUUAUUUAUAACAAGAAGUGUUUCAGGUCAAGCUGGAAAAAACAUAGCGGCUAUUAGAAUCCCAGAGAACAUCACAAAUCCACUGCCAAGUGCUGCAGUGGCUUUUUAGUUCAAGAUAGUAUUUUUAGUGCAUGCUCUUACUGGGAAGCACACCUAGGCACUGAAACCAGCUGUGCUAGUGUGCUGGAGGAACAUUCCAGAACAUUCACACGUUUGUGACCCCCCCAUAACACCUUGUAGAUCCCAGAAAAGCUCCAAGACAGAGGCAGGCUCCCUUCCAGGGAGCAUUUCCCAUGCAUAGUCUGCAUAGACAGCAAAGUCUUAUUCUACUCUGAAGGCGUCCCAGUGUGUGUUUUGCCUUGGUAAAAACUCAGCACACACUCUGAAAACACCUUAGUUGUGGGGAGAGACAUUAGGCAAGAAGUUUAUAGCGUAUGGUGCAGGCAGGACCUCUUGCCGUGGCAGACAUUUGACAUUGUUCCCCCUGUUGUGAUUAUAAAAGUAAGCUUACACCUUAUUUUGAGCUUCUAUAGUCAAAAGAGCCAAGAGAGCCAAAAGACAAAAAGCCGUAACAGCAGAUUUUGGGCCGCACAUGGGAUACAGCAACAACGUCUCUCUGUUGUCUGAGAAAGAAUUUGCUGCAAAUUCACUAAUACUGGGAUUUGCCAAACGCUCUUAUUUUACCUUUUGUUUGAUUAAAACAGAGACAAAAACUAGUGAUGAACGAUGAUACAAAAUGUUUAAUUUACAUGCAACAUUCAUGGAACGUCAAGGCAACAAAACAUACAGUUUGGGCAUUUUUUCA